AUUGGUCGGCGCGCGGCGGCGGCGGUGGCGGCAGUGUUCGUUCGCGCGGCAGACAGCGCGGGUGGACGCACGGUCAUGCGAGAAUCCAUCGCCACUGCCAGGAUGGCCGAGCUAGAGUUCGAGGCGCCUCUCGCGCAAAUCGAGGAUGCCGACGACUGCCUCACCAACGACUACUCCCAAAAAACAAUAAACGGCAACGACAUCCAUCUCAACAACAUAAAUAAUCUCAAAAGUGAACUGGCCAAAAUCAAAACCGACUCCAACAAAAUUAAUGACAACGAUGAGCCUAAACCGGUGAAGUGCAAAUUGGGGGCGGGAGUGCAGCAGGGUGAAGGGGACAACUUUACGGAGACUUUCUCCGGGUCACUGGAGGACCUGGUCAACACCUUCGAUGAGAAGAUCACUAAAUGCUUCGGCAACUACGAGGAGAGUGUGGAGAAGCUGGCGCCGGUGCAGGUCCGCUCGCAGGAGGAAAUCAUGAACGAGUGCCAGAUGUGGUGGACGAUCACGGGCAACUUCGGCAACAUCCUGCCCAUCGACUGGACCAAGUCCUUCUCCAGGAAGAUGCACAUCCCCACCCUGAACCUUAGUGACAAACGGAGCUCCAUGAGCCCCGACGACGAGGUCCACAGCUCUGAGGACGAGGCGGUGGCGUCGGACCUGGACAUGCACGCGUUGAUCCUGGGCGGCCUGCACCAGCACCACGAGUGCCCCGUCAAGACCGCCGACGAGGUGAUACAAGAAAUAGACGACAUGAUGCAAGAGACUCCGUCCUCAGAGGGAGACAUCUUGGAAUACAACGAAGCGCUCGAGAAAGGAAAGGAGGUCCUCAGCUCACCGCUGUAUGAAGACAAGCUGCGAACACUGUCUCUCCCGCAACUAAACGAGAUCUACAUGGAAUUGGAAGUCCUGAUCCGCGAGUUCUCAGAAACCCUCAUCAACGAGCUGGCUCUUCGAGAUGAGCUCGAGUAUGAGAAAGAACUGAAGAAUACCUUCAUCUCGCUCCUUCUCGCCGUGCAGAAUAAGCGACGGCAGUAUCAUAUUGAGAAGAAGAAGAGACCGUCGAUGCCGCCGCGCUCGCCUAAUUUGGGAGGCGGCUCUGAAUCUAAGUACCUGACCACAGUGAUUCCAUUCCUGGAGGGAGGCCCCCCGGACAACCAGACGCUGCAAGUGCUUAUCAAAAUUCUGAAGGCGAUAAAUGAAGAUAGCCCUACGGUCCCAACCCUGCUUACCGACUACAUCCUAAAGGUCCUAUGUCCAACUUAGACCUCGCAUCCAUCUCAAAUAGCUAAAUCACAUUCAAUAAAUUAAUAUUGUUCACCUCACCUAUCACUCUCUGUGCAUUUUAUAGGUAAAUUCUUUGUAAAUUGUUGUUUUUCGUAGGUCAAUAAUUGUAUAUUCAUUGCUGGCAGUAGUUGCACCAAGCUUUGACCGACUUCUAUCAAUUGAUGCCUAUCUUAAUAAGAGAAAAGAAGCUUUCACUUGAUUUAAUAUGUUUCAGACUAUUCAGAGCAACAUCAUAAUUAACUGAAUGUUGAAAAAAACUGUCGGUAUUUAAUAUGAUCUAGUAAUUUUAAAGCAUUAGCUAAGAAAUUAUCAGAACCGUGAUCAUUGAACAUGCUCUCCCAUCGUCAUCUUUUUAUACCUUUAAUAUGCUAUAUCAUAUUAAAAUACCAUUUCAUAAAGGA